AUGAAUAUCAAAUACACAUUAGUUUUAGUUAUCUGUGCCUUCUUGGUAUCCGGUUUAGUUGAUACAAGUCGUGGGGAAUGCAGUUGCAGUGGCUCUAAUAAAAUGAACAUAAACGAUCCAAGUGUUAUUACUGACAAAAUGGUUAAAAUCUAUGGUCAUUGGGAUUUUGAAGGUUCGCAAUAUCUCUAUAAUGAAACUGAUGGCUAUGUCCAAUUACCUGACGAGUUCCGUAACAAUGUUCAAUCUUUCCAAUCAGGAAUUGAUGUAUGCUUCAUUAAAUGGUACCCAAAAGAACAAUACCAAAUUAAAGCAGGUGAAUACCAUAAAAACUAUGCAGCCCUAAAUAAUUUUGGUCAAAGAAUGGAUGGUCUCUAUGCAGGUACAUGCUCCGAUACCAUUUGUAAACAAUAG